GCGGGGCUCGGUCUGUGGGCGUGCGCGCGUGUGUGUGUUUGCUGGCGGGGCCCGGCAGCAGCUGCAGCUCGUUGGCCCCCUCGGCCGCUCAUUGGCCGGCAGCGGCGUCCAGCUGGCCGCGAGCCCGGGGCGCGUCCAAUAAGGCGCCCUCCUGCCCCGCCCCAACCUGCACCGCACUCGCGCACCUCAGGGCCCCCCGCAGCCCGGCCACCCCCGCUCCGCCACCUGCCUCACCUCGCCUCGCCUCGCCCCGCGGCGCCGGCAGCCCCAGCAGCCCCAGCAACAGCAGCCCCGUCCGGCCGGAGCCCCGCGGCCCCUCCGCUCGCCUCAGGAAGCCCGCCAGCCCCGGAGGGGAAGAAGAAGCCGCCGUCGUCGCCGUCGUCGCCGCUGCGGGCCAGGCGAAGCGGCCACCUCGGAGCGGCGCCCGUGAGCCUCACCCCCCACCCCUCGCCUCCCUCCAUAUCCCGCCCCGCGCCCCGGCCGGCCGCCCUCCGCACCCACCAUGAGCAACCUGGCCAAGGAGAGCGAGCACAGCAGCAGCAGCCCCGAGGAGGAGGUACGCACGCUUUUUGUGAGUGGCCUUCCGGUGGACAUCAAGCCCCGAGAGCUGUACCUCCUUUUCCGACCAUUUAAGGGUUAUGAAGGAUCACUGAUCAAACUAACAUCCAAACAGCCAGUAGGGUUUGUUACUUUCGACAGCCGUUCUGGUGCAGAAGCUGCAAAGAAUGCACUGAACGGGAUCCGCUUCGACCCAGAGAAUCCCCAGACGCUGCGGUUAGAGUUUGCCAAGGCCAACACCAAGAUGGCAAAGAGCAAACUGAUGGCCACACCAAAUCCCACCAACCUCCACCCUGCCCUAGGCGCACACUUCAUUGCACGAGAUCCUUAUGAUCUGACUGGAGCUGCCCUGAUCCCAGCAUCUCCAGAGGCAUGGGCUCCCUACCCCUUGUACACCACGGAGCUAACCCCUGCCAUUCCACAUGCAGCUUUCACCUAUCCAGCUGCUGCCGCCGCCGCCGCUGCUCUUCACGCUCAGAUGCGCUGGUACCCUCCUUCGGACGCAACCCAACAAGGAUGGAAGUCCCGGCAGUUCUGUUAGUUUUAAGCUGCCCACGUUUUCCCCUCUUGUCUCUCCAUGGACUGAUGCAUGAAGGAUGAAGGAGUCUUUGGGAACCUCCUCUCUCUCUGUCUCGGCCUUUUUCCUGGACACCAUCCAAGUGCCCAACUUCACUUGGCCGUAUUAUGAAUGAAGCUAUGGAUUCCCCCCUCCCCCCCCCAUCCAAAACAGUGAACACCGUCUCUUCCCCCAAGGGUCAUGGUUGCCCUUCUCCCAACUCUCUCCUCCUUCCCCUCGAUCGGCUAAGCCCCGCCACCUUGCUGUUGCUGAGUUCCUCCUCCUGCUACCUUUUGAGUCCUUUCAAGGAGAAACUCAACCUUGUGGAUAACACCUGUUUUGGUGUGGGCGUGUCCGUGUCCGUGUGUUCCCAGCUGGGAUGCUGGCACGCAGUUGUGGCCUAGCUGCGUACAGUGCAAUAUCCAGACUUUUCUUAUCCAAAACCUUGUUGUAUGCAGUUUUGCUGAAGGAAGCAAAAAAAAACAAAACACAACAAAGACAAAUUCAGUUUUGCAUGUUUUCUGGCAUGACUUUAAGAAACACUUUAACUUGGUGGGUGUGUGAGUGUGCAGAAUUCGUUUUUUGGUCUAGCAUUUGUGUAACCAUAGCAGUAGAUCUUGGACUAACUAUUGAUCACUAAACCUUUUUUUUUUCAUCUCGCUUCUGUCAAGACUUGGCUUUUGAAAAAAAAACAACACACCACUUUCUGUCUUCUCUCUCUCUCUCCCUCCCUCCCUCCCUCUUCUCUUUCUCUUCCUCCAGGGUUUCUUUCUCUGUUCAGCCUUGACUAGAAUUUGAAAUAAAAAAAAUUCUUCUCCAAAGUACAGUGCACUGGGUUUCCGGUCCAUUUUGCCCUUCCCCAAAUUUAAAUCAGGGUUGUUGGGUUUUUGUUUAAUUUUUUGUUGUUAUUAUUAUUGUUUUUCUGUCAAACUUCUAUCUCUAGAACAGCUGUAAAAUAUUUCACCUUUUUUUCCUUCCACAUCCCUCGGAUUGGAAAGAAUCCAGUCUUGCCAAAUCUGCAAUCCUUAUGGGAAUACCGAACAAAGAUGAACGAGUAUUUUUGUACCAUGUGUAAUAAGGAAAUAUUUAUGCAUCAUGCAAAGAUUUUGUGUGGUUUUUGUGCAAUUAAUUAUUAAAGAGUAAAAAAAAUAAAUAAUAAUAACUGUAAUCUGUAAGAUGAGUUUAAUGUUUAGUUAAAAGCUUGAUGAGAAAGACUUUUUUUCCUGUAACUGAUUCAGUCAGGCAUAGUAACAAGAAAUUGCACAAUUAUUAUUUUUUUGUCGUUGUUGAUAUUUUAUUGCUUGGUAUUUGGAAGUCCUUUAAGUAUUACAUUGAACCAUGGCUGUCUUGCUUGUAUCAAGAUUGUUGAAUAAGUUGCUAUAUCCUUUGAGAAUGUGAAACUGGAUAAUAUAUGAAUUGUACUCAGUGGUGUCUUG